AUGCCUUCUCAUAUCUCUGUCAUCCCCGCAAGUACCCGAGCCGGCGAGGCUGCUAUUCGUGCGCUUCUUGCAUCCGCCCAAAACCCCCACGUGCGGGCCUUUUACCGUGAUCCUUCCAAAGCACCAGCCGAGUUCAAGGAAAAUUCUCGUUUUACAGCGCUGCAAGCAGACGUCGGCUCGGGCUCGGGCAUUGACUUUGAGGGCUCCGAUGCCGUCUUCUACAUUCCCCCGCCGGCCAUGGAUGGCACAGACGUCGAGGUGUUUGCCAAAAAGUCGUCUGAUGCUAUCAAAAGUGCCAUCAAGGCGUCGUCGACUGUGAAGCGCCUUUUGGUGCUCUCGGCCAUUGCGGCUCAGAAUGAUCACGGCAUAGGUGUGCUCCGUCUCAACCAUUUGACGGACAAAUUUCUUGCCUCGGCGGCUGACGAGGUCACCAUUGUUCGACCAUGCCUUUUCUACCACAUGUGGGCCGAUGCAGUGAGAACGGCAAAGCAAGACUCGCCAAACUUUGUGUCAACCAUCCACCCGGCGGAUUGGCGGGUUCCAAUGGUCAGUGUGAGGGACCUCGGAGAAUGGAGCGCAAAGCAGUUGCUGGAUGACUCGAAGCAUCCUCAGCUGCAGACGCUCAAGUUUUACGGUCCUCGCCUUGUCAGUCCCAAUGACGUCAAGCGGGACCUCGAGACAAUUGUUGGCAAAGAGGUCUCAAUGACGACGAUUCCGCCUGAGAAGCAAGCCGAGUUCUGGGCCGAGCUUGUUCCGCAGGAGUAUGUUCAAGACUUUGUCGAGUAUCAGACUUGCCAGCUUCCUGGAGGCGUCGCUGUCCCGGAUUUUGUGUACGACGAGCAUACCGUGAGAGCUCACACGGAGAUCCUGGAUGAGUUGCGAGAGUUGGCCGGGUAG